AUGAGGAAUAUUAGGGAGAGCAUGGCCCGCCUCCAAUCCCAGGCCAAAUCUCUCGUCGAGCUGGCCCAGUCAUUUCUGUGGCAGGCAGACGACAGCCAGGGACAAAAGAUGUCGCUCUCUGCCGCCAAGGUGACGGAGCGCGAAAAGCUCCCCGAGGCCGAUGCCGUUUGGACAAAGCUCGUGAGAAUCAAGUACCAAGACCCCAAGGACCGACCCCGGACGUGGGAAUCGGCGGAGCGCACGACGCGCCCCGAGGGAAGCGAUAUCGACGGCGUGGGCAUCGUCCCCGCGGGCCUCAUUGACGCUGGCGAGACGGCGGAGCAAUGCGCCAUUCGUGAGCUGAAAGAGGAGACGGGCUACGUGGGUGUGCCCCUCGCCACCUCGCCCAUCAUGUUCAACGACCCCGGCUUCUGCAACACCAAUCUCCGCAUGGUUCACCUCACGGUGGACAUGUCCCUCCCCGAGAACCAGAACCCGCAGUCGCAGCUCGAGGACGACGAGUUCAUCGAGGUGUUCCACGUCCCUCUCUACCGGUUAUGGGACGAGUGUAAGCGCCUCGAGGCGGAAGGGUGUGCUAUUGACGCGCGGGUAGGGACCUUGGCCGAGGGGCUCGAGCUGGCCAAAAGUUUCGGCUUUGAAAACGUUUUGGGGUUCUUUACACUUUUAACGAUACUCAAAGUGGGCACGCGAAUCCGACCAGUGGGCCUUUUAACCCAGGCAACAAAUAGUAGGUAG